AGGGUCACAGUUAUUUCCACGUGACUUACACCCAUCAGAGGAUCUGUACCUUGAAGGGGUCAUCAGUGGACAUACCCUGCUCUUAUACAUUUCCCAGUGGUCAUACAGUCUCUGAAAAAAAAUGGUAUACAAAAGGAAAACUUGACGAGGCGCCUCAAAUCCUGAACCCGGGGUAUGGAGGUCGUGUGGAGUACCUUGGAAAUAUGCAGAGUGACUCCACCCUGAGAAUCACAGACCUGAGAGAGGAGGAUUCAGCUGAGUAUAAGUUUAGAUUCAGAACAGAUCAGACAACCUGGGAGCCCACCUUCCCUGGAACAACUCUGACUGUCACAGGUCUGCAGGUGAAGGUGACUACUGCCACUGUGACAGAGGGACAGAAGGUGACACUGACCUGUCACACCACCUGUACUCUGACUGACAACCCCAACCCCACCUAUAUCUGGUACAAGAAUGGACAUGUAACCAACCAAUCUAACAGUCUGUUCCUAAACCCAGUCAGCAGUGAGGAUGCAGGCAGCUACUCCUGUGCAGUAGAAGGCCAUGAGGAUCUCCCCUCUGCUGAAGAGACUCUCACUGUCACAUAUGGCCCAAAGAACACCUCAGUGUCAGUCAGUCCCUCUGGUGAAAUAGUGGAGGGCAGUUCAGUGACUCUGACCUGCAGCAGUGAUGCCAACCCACCUGUGGACAAAUACACCUGGUACAAGAAGAACGUAACCUCACCAAAAGCAUCAGGACAGCGUUACAGCAUCACUAACAUCAUCUCUGAGGACAGAGGAGAAUAUUACUGUGAGGCCCAGAAUGGAAGAGGAUCUAUGAACUCUACAGCUCUGAUGAUUGUUGUAGCAGGACAUCCACAGCAGGAAGUGAUGCCACAACAGACACACAGUGUCCAUCCUGAUCCUAACAGUGACACGUACACAGCUCUGAACAUGAAGACCAGGUCACCAGAGUAUGACACCCUGGCAAAUGUGAGGGACUCCCCCACUGUCACAAUCCCUCAGAUAGAUGCUGGGGCCUCCGAUUAUGAGAACUGAAGAGAACCACAACCUGGACUGAAGAGAACCACCACAGAACCCGGACUGAAGAGAACCACCACAGAACCUGGACUGAAGAGAACCACCACAGAACCUGGACUGAAGAGAACCACCACAGAACCUGGACUGAAGAGAACCACCACAGAACCUAGACUGAAGAGAACCACCACUGAACCUGGACUGAAGAGAACCACCACCAAACCUGGACUGAGGAGAACCACCACAGAAACUGGACUGAAGAGCUACAGCAUCAAACCAAAGCUAGGCCUCACAAUGCUAUUAUCUUACUAUCAUAAUGCUUUCUAAUCUAGAAGGUUUGAGACAAUGAGCUUUAACUUCUGAGUAAGUGCUGGAGUUGAAUUAUAUUUCCUUGUAAUAAUAUUUAUGUAUAUUGAUGAUAAAUUGGAAGGUUUAUGCUUCUGCUCUUUUUCUAUGA